AUGGAAAGCCACGGCAUAGCCCGUACAGCCAGGAAGCCAAGAACCGAAGCCCAGCUGCAAUCAGACCUCGCCAAGAUCGAAACCUUGCGCUCCGUCGAGGACGCCCUGCUCCGCGCCGCGAACCCCUCUACCGCCGACGCCCUCGACCCCGCCGCCACCCUCGCCCUCACCACCAAGCUCCUGCGCCUGAACCCAGAACACUACACGGCAUGGAACGUCCGCAGGCGCUGCCUAACCUGUGGAUCAUUAUCAAGACCAUUGCCUGGGCCAUCGCCAUCGGCGCCGUCCGCGAGUUCUUCAGCAGCAUGCACUACGCCUCCGUUCUCCACCGCUGCGUCAGCCUCCUCCUCGGCCUCGACCACGACCCGGCCCGGCCCCGCGUCCCCACCAAACCAAGCGAGUGGGAGGAGUGGUACAACAGCUGAGGCCGGGGACCCCGCUGCGACCGGGCACCAGGACGCGACUGUGUCGGGCGGAGAAGAAGGGAGCAAGGGGCCUUCAACCGAGGAAGCCGUCGGGACCCUCAGGAACGAGCUCAUGUUCACCAUCCCGCUCCUGCUCGAAUACCCCAAAAGCUACUGGAUCUGGAAAUACCGCUCCUGGCUCCUCCAGCAGGCCAUCGACCUCCUCCCGCGACCCGUGGCCCGCCGCGUGUGGGAAGAAGAGCUCGGCCUCGUGUCCAAGAUGCUGACCAAGGACCGCCGCAACUUCCACGCCUGGGGCUAUCGUAGGAGGGUGGUUGCCACGCUAGAGAGCGCGGCGCUCGACGGCAACAGCCUCGUCGAGCAAGAAUUCGAGUACACAACCAAGAUGAUCAACGUCGACCUAUCCAACUUUUCCGCCUGGCACAGCCGCUCCAACCUGAUACCGCGCCUGCUGGAGGAGCGCCACGCCGACGACGGGGCGCGGCAGAAGUUUUUAGAAGACGAACUCAACCUCGUCCGCGAAGCACUCAAUGUGGGGCCGGAGGACCAGUCGCUCUGGUUCUACCACCACUUCCUCAUCCAGAACAUGACCGAAUCGGACGGGCGUUCCAAAAUCGCGCCGAACUUGUCACGGGAACAAAAGGUCGCGUACGUAAAGCGCGAAAUCCAAGAGAUCAAGGACCUUUUAGAAGACUAUGACGACAUCAUGUGGAUCUACAAAGCGUUGUUGGACUACACGAGAGCCCUGCCGAAGAUGGAAGGCCGCACACUCAACGGCGAAGAGACGGACGACCUCAAGACGUGGCUGGCCAAAGUACGUCAACUGGACCCCAUGCGCAAAGGGCGCUGGGGCGAUUUCGAGAAGGACUGCGGAUUGGCUUAA